AUGUCUGACCAGAGGAAAAGGGCACGCCAGGAGGACGAGGUAGACGAUGCCAUCAAUGCGUUAGAGCAGGCGGCUGGCAAGGAGGACGGAGCCGACAAGGCGCGGGCGCUGCGCGGCCUUACGGCGCUGAUAGAGCCAACCGAUGAGUCCUACGAAGUGCAGCGCCGCACUGCAGAGCGCGCGCUCCCCGCCAUUGUGGAGCUGCUGAAAGACGAUUCCCAGGCCGUGGCUGUGGAGGCUGCCACCUGCCUGGCAGCCCUGAGUGACCACGCGGGCGCGGUCAAGGACCGCCUGGAGGCGGGCCACUUUGCGGCCACCCCCGAGAAGGUGGCGCUCAACCCGGUGCAGGAAGCGGCCGGGGAGCUGGAGGGCCUGUUCAGCAACACCAUCCGUCUCGCGCACGAGGUUGUUCACCGACUGGUUGAGGGCGAGAGCCGCGCCCUGGGGGUGCUGGACGACCUGGUGGCAGGCAUGGACGUCAGGGAUGACGUGGCCGUGCUGCUGGACCAGGCUCUGAGCCCCGCCCUGGGAUUCCUGCGCAGCGGCAGCCCGGCCGACAAGGCGGCGGCCGCGGCGCUGCUGGGCAACAUCGCUGACGGGCGGCCUGGGGCGGCGCGCUUCCUGGUAGCGGAGGGCGCGCUGCCGCUGGCUGCGGCUCUGCUGCAGGGCGGCGACCUGGAAACGCGCGAUGCCUGCGCCCACCUGACUUGGGUGCUGGUCAAGGUGGGGGGCUGCCCUGGGGUGGUGGGGCAUUAG